CUCCAUAAUACAAUUUGAAAAAAAAAAAAAAAAAGGUCCAAUUAAUGCAAUUGGAACAAUCUCAGCUCAAAUAGUGGUAGUAUCACUGAAGCUCUCCGUGAGCGAGUCUCAUGCUUAGUGAGGAUUGAGGAAUUAGCAAAUUGUAGUAAUAGUAGUGCUUCAAGUAAACUUUUUUGCUCCAAUUCAUGAUGUGAAAACUGCAAGAUAUGCUGGGAAAUCCUGUUAUUCAAUACAAAUCUGGUGAUGUUUUACAGUUCUCUAUUCGUUCCGCUCGCAUAUGCUACCACCUCCAAGUGGGUACAAGAAGCAAAUUGAGGGGAUGGGAUCAGAAUAUUAGCUGCUCCCUUUUUCUCAAGCCUCGUCUUGAUUGCGUCCGUACAAGACCUCUAGUUCGGUUCAAGGUACGUGCAGUUGCUGAAGAAACUGACCAGCCAAAGUGGUGGGAAAAAAAUGCUGGAGCAAAUAUGGUUGACAUUCAUUCAACACAAGAAUUUGUUGAUGCUUUAAGUCAAGCUGGAGAUAGCUUAGUGAUCGUUGACUUCUAUGGCACGUGGUGUGCCUCUUGUCGAGCAUUAUUCCCCAAACUCUGCAAAAUAGCUGAAGAACAUCCAGAGGUUCUCUUUCUCAAGGUAAACUUUGAUGAGAACAAGGGUUUGUGCAAAAGUUUGAAUAUAAAGGUCCUUCCAUAUUUCCACUUCUAUCGAGGAGCUGAUCGCCUGGUUGAAUCGUUUUCUUGUUCUCUGGCUAAGAUUCAAAAAUUAAAAGAUGCAAUUGCUACCCACAACCCAACCUGGUCAGGAGGGAAGUAUUCCUAAGGUCUGGCACUCCUUGCAAAGUACUCCUAAGAUUAUGCUGAGAGAUGUCUCAACCUUCCUCGAGUAUCUGCUUGGAUCAGGAGAUGAUCAAAGGUUGGCAUCCUCACCCUCUGUAUUGGUAUAGCAGUUUUUUAGCCAGUCCAAUUGGGUGUGCUAAAUCUUUGCUUCCUCUAUAAGAAUUCUUCCAAAACCACUCAUAUUUCUUGUAAAGUAACAGUUGAUAGUUCACAAAUUACCUCAAAAUUGACUGGUGGAAAAGGUUGUAAAGAUGAAUGUUUGAAAAAAGAAAAGGUUCCAUUCAGUAGUUUUUCUGUAGUGUUGGUGUUUUAGGUGAAUUUUACAGUAACUUUACUGGACUUUCGCAUUUGAUCAAGUACUUAAAGUUGUAGUUUUUUUUUUCACAUUUAAUCAAGCACUUCUUAUUUUCAA